ACCCCGUGAGAGGGCAGACAGCUAACAAGGGAGACACAAUACUCCCCAUAACCUUCGGGGUUAUCCCGUAAAGAUGAGCAGGAUUACCGGCGUUUUACGGCGUACGUUUGGAAUAGUCCGCGACCACGUCGGGACAGAUCAUUUGGGGAAUAAAUAUUACUUUAUCCCAGAACAGAAGACAUGGACAGGAAGGCCCGUCCGUGCCAAGCGUAUGGUAGUGGCAGCCAAUCCUACAGAAUAUGAAUACAUAGAAGGCAGCAUUCCCAUGGAGUGGGACGCUUGGAUCCGAGGCAGACGGAAGGAGCCCCCCUCCAUCGAGGAGCUGCUGAAGAAUGAGUCUUACAGGGAGCAGAUCAAAUUGAAGGCCAAGGACGUGGAGGAGAAAGAUCUGGCUCUACAGGCCAAGGAGUAUGAGGAAGGUCUGGUGGCGACACCUGCAAAGACUUUGGCCAAGGGCCAUGCAGCCACCACCAGCUUUGGCAAGCAGGAGAUCAGCGAAGACCCCACCAGCACUGCAAACACAUUCCAGCCUGGCUCCUGGAUGCCCAAGAAAUAGACAGACAUCCACAUACAGACUGAGACUGCAGUACAGUAUAGUACAAUCCAAUAGAAAAGCACCUGCAAUAAAUACUACUUGUGUGAAACUUUUUCACUUUAAGUUGAGAAUUUAAUGUUAGAAGCACCUUUCAGUUUAAGGCAAUCCAAGUCAACAACAUCACAAGCUAUGAUCUCAGAAAUUAACUGAGUUUAGUCAUCUCAUCUCUGACUCAGUCUCAAAUAAUUCAGCAUUAUACGUUUCAGAGGAAGUAUUUAUUUCAAGGCUGUUUUAUUGGACUUUAUUUAUUGGGUUUCUAUUUUUCCAGUCCCUCAGUGUAUAUUGAAUAUACACAGGACAAUAACCUUCCCUCAUCUCGAAGCUGAACUAAAAGUGGCCGCAAUGAUUUGAUGUAGCUGGAAGGUCUAUUAAUAAAGCAAAGAAAAACUGAAAUGGUUGUAGUGCAGCAACUAUAAAUACACUGUAUCAUGUAUACGGUAUAUUGUAAGAAAUAAGUUGUAAUAAAUUGUGACUACUUUAA